CCCCUCCCCCUCCCCCUGCCCACUCUAUUUCUACUACUGCCAGUACUACCUCCACACAGAGAGUGUCUCUGCUUUUCUCCUUCUCCAUGGCCAUGCCAGUGCCCUCCUUGAGCUGACAGAGCAACAAGCCUCUCGCCGCCCCCCUUCCCCCGGUCUACGAUGGCGGCAAUGCCGGGGCCGGCGAGGCUGGCCCUUGCCGUGCUGGCGCUCGCGUCGGUGCUCCCGGCGUACCGCUCCGACGACCUCAACACCGACGCGCAGGCGCUGGAGGCGCUGCGCAAGGCGGUGGGGCGGUCGGCGCUGCCGUCGUGGAACGGCAGCGCGCAGACGUGCCAGUGGCAGGGCGUGGCCUGCGAGAACGGCCGCGUCGUCGAGCUCCGCCUCCCCGGCGCCGGGCUCAUGGGCGCGCUCCCCUCGGGCGUGCUCGGCAACCUCACCGCGCUCCGCACGCUCUCCCUCCGCUGGAACGCGCUCUCGGGGCCCAUCCCCGACGACGUCGCCCGCAUGACCGAGCUCCGCGCCAUGUACUUCCAGCACAACGCCUUCUCCGGCGAGGUGCCCGCGGCGCUCUACACGCUCAGGAACCUGGUGCGCCUCAACAUCGGCCAGAACAGGUUCUCCGGCGAGAUCUCCCCCGACUUCAACAAGCUCAACCGCCUCGGCUCGCUCAUCCUCGACACCAACGACUUCUCCGGCGAGAUCCCCAAGCUGGACCUGCCCACAUUGGAGCAGUUCAACGUCUCCUACAACAAGCUCAACGGCUCCAUCCCCCGCAAGCUCCGCAAGAUGCCCAGGGACUCCUUCCUCGGCACCGGCCUCUGCGGCGGCCCGCUCGGCCUCUGCCCCGGCGAGACCGCCGAGACGCCCGCCGGGUCGCCGGAGGCCCAGCCGGGCGCGGGCGGCGGCGCGGCCGACGUCGGUGGCGGCAAGAAGAAGAAGAGGCUCUCCGGCGGCGCCAUCGCCGGCAUUGCCAUCGCGUGCGUGCUCGGCCUGCUGCUGCUGCUCGCCCUGCUCUUCUUCCUCUGCCGGAAGAAGAAGUCGAGCAGCGCGCCGAGGUCUUCUGCGGCGGCGGUGGAGAAGGGGCGGGACCUGGGCAUGGGCCCGCUGGACGGGGAGCCCAAGGGGCAGAACGGCAACGGCGUCCACGGCGGCGCCGCAGCGGUGCCGGCCGCCGCGGCCGCCGCAGCCGCCGUCGCCGCCAAGUCAGGAGGAGGAGGGUCGACGGCCGGGUCGAAGAAGCUGAUCUACUUCGGGCCGAUGGCGGCGGCCCCGCCGUUCGACCUGGAGGACCUGCUGCGCGCGUCGGCGGAGGUGCUGGGCAAGGGCGCGUUCGGCACGGCGUACAAGGCGGUGAUGGAGAGCGGCGCGGCGGUGGCCGUGAAGCGGCUCAAGGACGUGGACCUCCCCGAGCCGGAGUUCCGCGAGCGGAUCGCGGCCAUCGGCGCCGUGCAGCACGAGCUGGUGGUGCCCCUCCGCGCCUACUACUUCAGCAAGGACGAGAAGCUGCUCGUCUACGACUACAUGUCCAUGGGCAGCCUCUCCGCCCUCCUCCACGGGAACCGGUCGUCGGGGCGGACGCCGCUGGACUGGGAGGCGCGGUCGGCGAUCGCGCUGGCGACGGCGCGCGGGGUGGCGCACAUCCACUCCACGGGGCCGACGGCGUCGCACGGCAACAUCAAGUCCUCCAACGUGCUGCUCACCAAGAGCUACGAGGCCCGGGUGUCGGACCACGGCCUGCCCACGCUCGUCGGCCCGUCAUUCUCCCCGACCCGCGUCUCCGGCUACCGCGCGCCGGAGGUGACCGACAUCCGGCGCGUCUCGCAGAAGGCCGACGUCUACAGCUUCGGCGUGCUGCUGCUGGAGCUGCUCACUGGCAAGGCGCCCACCCACGCCGUGGUGAACGAGGAGGGCCUGGACCUGCCGCGCUGGGUGCAGUCCGUGGUCCGGGAGGAGUGGACCGCCGAGGUGUUCGACCAGGAGCUCCUCAGGUACCAGAGCGUGGAGGAGGAGAUGGUGCAGCUGCUCCAGCUCGCCAUCGACUGCUCCGCGCAGCACCCCGACCGGCGGCCCAGCAUGUCCGACGCCGCCGCCCGCAUCGACGAGAUCCGGCGCUCCGCCUCCUCCUCCUCCGCCGCCCAGCACGCGACGACCGCGGACGGCUCCCCCGCCGCCCCCGCCCCCGAGGGCGACGACGAGCCGUCCCUAUAACCGACCGGCAUUGAUCGAUCCCCGUUCGUCCUCCACCGCGAACGGAAAUUCAUCAGUUGGAAGAAAGGAAAUUGCUUAGUUCUUUGCAUGGAUCGCGUCUCUGCUCAUCAGCAACUUGUGCAUGUCUUCAUUUUUUGUUUCUUUCAUCUUCUUCUCCUGUUCGGCCCCUCUUUUUCUUCUUCUUCUUUUCUCUCACGGGCUUUGAUUCUGUUCUAUAGCACAUGUCGGUCGGAACACUACUGUAAGCGUUUGAUUCUUGGAAAGUAACACAUGGACGAUGCCUGUACUGUACUGUACCUAAGGACGACGAUCCCACGGAUGUCAUGCCACCGUUGCCA